UACACGGUUAACACUGGGGACAACGACAAUCAAAAUAAGCUUUAAAAAAAAAGAAAGAAAGACACAUAACUUGGCAGUUUGUAUGGAGUUCCGGUGAACGCUGUUAUAUUACUUGCGUACCAUUUACUUAUUGUAAGGAGCGUUUUGCUUACAUGUUUUGUCUUCAUCGCUACACCCACAGAGAUUGUGGUCUGACCCAGUGACAUAAAUAUAUAGGCGCCGGUUGGUUUGAUUUCCGCAUUUGCAGUUCUCUUGGCGUUUGGAAAAUGGUUGUAGGCGCUGUCCUUUCCUUCGUUUCUCUGCUACUCAUGUUUUCAAAAGGUCUGCCAGCUGUGAUCCAGACACAGGAGAACGUGAUGGCAGCAGUGGGAAAUAAAAUUUCUUUAAACUGUCAGCUCGUGGAAGCUAAAGAUGUCCGUCAAGUCACGUGGCAGAAGAUCUUCCCUGGAGGAGGCACUAAUGUUGCCACCUACAACAAAGUCUUUGGUGAAACAGUGAAUCCUGGCUUCAAAGAUAAAGUAGAGUUUGAAGAUGCUGGACUUCAGAGCAGCUCCAUAGUCAUCAAUAAUGUGACGGAGCAGGAUGAAGGCUGCUAUCUCUGUUUGUUCAACUCCUACCCUGAAGGAGCUCUGACAGGAAGAACAUGUCUCCAAGUUUACGAGCUGCAUCAACCUGUUCUAAAUGUCAGAGGACCAAACUCUUCUGGAGAGGUAGUUGUGUCCUGUUCAGCCACAGGUCGACCUGCUCCCACUGUAACACUGAGAGCUACACAAGCAGACCUCAACUUGACUGACUACGACAGCGUCAGUGUGUCCAACACCAACGGUACAGUCACUGUCACCACUACAGCUGUGCUGUCAGCUCUCCAUGUAAACAGCACACAGGUUGGAUGUAGAGUUGGAGUGCUCUCUUGUCCUCAGAUAGAGGUGAUGGAGACCAUUCCUGGGCUCAAACCCACGUCUACUGAUGGUUUAGUUGAUCAAUCUGGAUUUGAUCACGGAGAUUCCAAACUCACUUGGUUUCAGGUCUGUAGACAGUCUCAGACCAACUGGCAAGAUUUGUGGCUGGAUAAAGGCAGCAGAAAAUCAACGCAGCUCAUUCGCAGUUUAGUAUGGGAACCGAGCUUUUCCUCUUUCAUAAUGAUUGUAGCUCUGGGAGCAUCUCGGUCACCGUGAGGCUGAUUCAUCUCUCUGAGCUAACAUCUGUCAACAGCUGCAGACUGAAUGCAAUGCAGUGAGUUGCUUACCCAGCUGUUCUCAGCCUGUGCUGCCUUGGACUGUGGGAACCUAACAGUUCAAGAGCUGCAUGAACGACCGCUCUCUGGUUCUCGGGUAGCGGCAUCUGAGACCAUCCCUGAGGUCAAACCAGUGUCUGCUUAUGGUGCAGUACAGUGAACUGACACAAGAGAGAGCUACGCGAUCAACAAACCGCUUUACACUAUUUCUGCAUUAGUGGUCAUCAGUGCUUGUGGGUCAUCAAGUUGGCAUGAGAAUAAAAACUGAAUCACAAGCUUCUCCAAAGUAACACCCAAACCUAUACCUAAACCUAUGGGUUAGAGCUAUUUUGAUGUCUUUGUCUUUACGUGAAUGAACUGUAAGUUUAAGCGAGGUGUAAGGCUCGAAAGAAAAGAGAGGCAGCAUUUUAGCUUCUAAUCCUCUUCCUCUCAUAUAACAAACAUGCCAUCCAAAAUUCAAUGCUGGACCAUGAUGUAAAGUGCAGUUUUCUUUUUGUGGUUUUGUGAUGUUUCUGCUGUCUUUAUUGUAGAAGAAAAUAAAGAUGAGCCAUAAAAACUGAA